AGCCAGUCAAUGUUGCUGAGUUGGCCACUCAGAAGUCAGAACCCGAUUCACUUUGUUUUCUCCGUCUUUCUUGGAGACAGGCCAAGUGUUCUUGAUCCAACCAACUCACACCCAACUUUUAAUCUCUUUCUCUUCUCAUUUCACAAUGAUUAAGCAUUUCAUCAAACACUCUCUCUCUCUUAAGAUCUCUCCCAUCUCCCAUGGCAAUUCUUGCUCCAACUUCUCUUUCUAAGCACCCUUUAUCGUCCUCUUCAACUCUUUCCCAAUUGACAACGCCUACGAUCUUUGGCUCCAAGCUGAAACUUAGAGAAACUGAGCAGACCCGUUUCAGCUUGUCCACUUCUUUCAAGAGCAAUCCAGGUUUUCGAUUGAUGGCCUCAAAGGAGCCUGUGGGAAUGACUACUAAACUUGGAAGUGACAAAAUAGAGACCGAAGUGGGAGUUGAAAAUGGAUGUGGUUUGUUUGAUGAAAUGAAACAUCGGUUUCUAAGUUUCAAAAAGCAGAAAUUCAUGGAAAACUUAGAACAUUACCAAAAUCUUUCAAAUGGUCAAGCACCAAAGUUUAUGGUGAUUGCUUGUGCAGACUCCAGGGUUUGCCCCUCAAACAUCUUGGGAUUUCAACCAGGAGAAGCAUUUAUUGUCCGCAAUGUUGCAAAUAUGGUUCCCCCAUGUGAGAGUGGACCCUCAGAAACAAAUGCUGCAUUGGAAUUUGCUGUAAAUUCUCUUCAAGUUGAAAACAUUCUAGUCAUUGGCCACAGUCGCUGUGGAGGCAUUCGUGCCCUUAUGAGCAUGGAAGCUGAAGCAGAUUCAAGCUUUAUUCAAAAUUGGGUUGUUGUGGGGAAGAAUGCAAGGUUAAACACAAAGUCUGCUGCUCAUAACCUGAGCUUUGAACAUCAGUGUCGACAUUGUGAGAAGGAAUCUGUAAAUUGUUCAUUGUUAAACCUGCUAACUUAUCCAUGGAUUGAAGAAAAAGUGAAGAAAGGCACACUCUCUCUUCAUGGUGGCUACUAUGACUUCAUUGACUGUACAUUAGAGAAAUGGACACUGGAUUACGAAAGAAGCAAUUUAAAGGAAAGUGAUAAAUUUGCAGUCAGAAACCAAUCAUUUUGGUGCUGAACUUUACUUCAGUAAUCUCUAUAUGAUUUUAUUUUAUUUUCUUUCUUAAAUUCUGUUGUAUGCACUUUAUUUGUAAAUGUCCAGACAAUUGAGAAAUAAUGUUAUUCUCUGGAAUUUUAGGGAAUAACUAUCCUGUUGUAUGUGAGUUGAAAAAAUUGUUGUCUUAAUGUUAUUCUUUGCUCAUAA